AUGAAAAUAACGAAGAAUUGUGAGAAGACAUGUUACAUUCAGUUUCCCUACUUUAUUGAUUAUGAUGAUGAUGAUGAUGAUGAUGAUGAUGAUGAUGAUGAUGAUGAUGAUGAUGAUGAUGAUGAUGAUGAUGAUGAUGAUGAUGAUGAUGAUGAUGAUGAUGAUGAUGAUGAUGAUGAUGAUGAUGAUGAUGAUGAUGAUGAUGAUGAUGAUGAUGAUGAUGAUGAUGAUGAUGAUGAUGAUGAUGAUGAUGAUGAUGAUGAUGAUGAUGAUGAUGAUGAUGAUGAUGAUGAUGAUGAUGAUGAGAUGAUGAUGAUGAUGAUGAUGAUGAUGAUGAUGAUGAUGAUGAUGAUGAUGAUGAUGAUGAUGAUGAUGAUGAUGAUGAUGAUGAUGAUGAUGAUGAUGAUGAUGAUGAUGAUGAUGAUGAUGAUGAUGAUGAUGAUGAUGAUGAUGAUGAUGAUGAUGAUGAUGAUGAUGAUGAUGAUGAUGAUGAUGAUGAUGAUGAUGAUGAUGAUGAUGAUGAUGAUGAUGAUGAUGAUGAUGAUGAUGAUGAUGAUGAUGAUGAUGAUGAUGAUGAUGAUGAUGAUGAUGAUGAUGAUGAUGAUGAUGAUGAUGAUGAUGAUGAUGAUGAUGAUGAUGAUGAUGAUGAUGAUGAUGAUGAUGAUGAUGAUGAUGAUGAUGAUGAUGAUGAUGAUGAUGAUGAUGAUGAUGAUGAUGAUGAUGAUGAUGAUGAUGAUGAUGAUGAUGAUGAUGAUGAUGAUGAUGAUGAUGAUGAUAAAAACUACUUUAAAAGUCAACUUUUGA